AUGGAUUUGCAAGCUUACUCUUGGGCCUGCGGCAGCUCCAUACGCUGCUUAGCAGGAGAUGAGGAGGACGCUGUGCGCCAAGCAGACGCGAACUCUGGCUCUGGGCCCCUAGGAGAAGUAGUGCUGGCACAGGGUCUCGUGAGUGUUUGGGCUGCUGCUGUGCAAGUCGCAGCUGACUAUGGAGACGUAGAGGAUGUCGAGGCAGAGCUCGGCCCCUACGCCGCGGCGAUUGUGAGCGCCUCGAAAUUCGAAGUGAAAGAAAGUGAUGAGGAGAACGGGAGUGAGAAGGAGGACGCGGAGGAAUCAAAGAGGCCUCCCGAGGAGGCACGUGCAGAAGCGGCUCUGGUAAAUUCAGAGCUGCAGCUCGCGACGCCAGAGAAAGCGCGGGAUGGUCCCGCAGCCCUGGACGGCUUCCUCGGUUUGCUGUCGGCUUGGUCGGAUGAUGCGCCAGCCACAAGGUUGCUGGAAGAAGCCCGGCAGAUCAAGAUGCCAGGGGCCUUGGCUGGGAAGGCUCUCGAACCUCGAAGCAGGCCGCUGAAGAAGGAGAGCCUCGAAAAGAUGCGCUCAGAACGCUUUCCUCAAAGCCGAGCCCCGAGCCCGCCAAGCGAGACGCGCCACUGGCGGCAAAAAGACUUUGAGCUUUACUUUGGCAGUGACGGAGUCUUGCAACCGCGAGCGGAGCCGGAGCCAAAUUCCGAGGAACUCCUGGCCCAAGAGAUGCGACAGACGAGCCAGGCCAGCCCUUUGCUUGCAGAGAUGAGAAUGCAACUCGCGCAGGAUAAGGUCGUGCAGCCACCAUCGGAGUACGCUGCGUUCUGUCAACAUCUCCUGGAUCAUUGCGGGGAUAUGCGCACCGUUCCAGCUGGGGAGGUGCUUCCCGUUCCUCGCUCCAGACGCGCACCUGCUGUCCUCAAAUCCCCCGUAUGCAUCGAGAAGCAGCGGGGCUGGAAAAUGAGGAGCUGGGGCAUGGCGUACUGGAGCUACGAAUGUGGACAGGCAGCCUGCGACUGUUUCAGACGCUAUCCUCCAAGCACUGCAGGAUCAGAUGCCAGCCAUGGCCGUUGCUUGCGGGCUAGGGUGGACGAGUUCGCCAAGUAUGUGAACAUGGUUCGGGAUAUGGAUCCACAGUGCAAAGAGGAGAAUUAUCUGGCAUAUCCUCGCUACCUCGCAUGCUGGUCUCCUUUCGGCAUUCCAAAGCUGAAGCCUCUCUGGGAACAGGACCUCAAGUCUGGCCGCAAGCUUUGGGGUCCGCCAGGGCUCAAGGAUCUAUCUGCCAAGUGGUUUGACAUGUGCUGCCUCGCUGUUGGGCUCCUGUUUGAACCGGAGCUUGCUCAACAGGACACACUGCAGUUCGGGCCGCCGGGCAUGCUCGUGAGGCCGUACAUAGAAGACUGCUCUGCGCACGUCUGGCAUGCUCAAAUCCAGGGAAGACGGAUGUUCGCCUUGUUCGCACCCCAGGAGUCCGCGACUUUGGAGAAGCAGCCUGCGCAGACCCUCGGAGUGGAUUUGCACGCCCGGAGCCGUACAAGUUCGGUCGACAUCUUUGCAUCGAGCCAGAGACUCAAAGACAGUCAAUGCUACGUGGCUCUCUUGGAGCCGGGCGAGACGCUGAUCGUCCCGGCUGGCUGGUGGCAGUGCAGCGUUGCACUUGAGCCGUUUACCACGAUCUCACGACGCUUCUGGAACAGGUCCAACCGGCUUGGCGUUUGUGAUGUGAUUGCGAGACGAUCUGACGCUUCGGAUCUUGGGCCGAGGCAGAAGUCGCACUUGAUAUCGCAGCUGCCUGUCCUUCGCGAGCAGAUGCAGCAGGAAGACAUGUCUUCUGGCGAGGAUUGA